AUGGGUGGCAGUGCCUACGAGCCUAAAGACGACACUUCCGGAUACAGAGGCUGGGGAACGACUUCUGCGGGUCGCAAAGCGUCGACAAAUCUAUCUAGUAGCGCUGGAGUCGGAUUGGCUAUGUCUGAAGCUGGAAGCGCGCCUGGUUACCACCAUGCCGCCACCCCGAGUGACGGAACUAUACAGUAUUCUGAAGGGCAGGCUGCUGCAGAGACCGAGCCAAUUGGGGUUCUAGGCGCAGCACCGGUGGCGGCAGCCAAUAACCGAAAUACAGACAUCCAUCGCGGUCCCUCGAACGCCUCAUCAGCGUAUUCUGCAGCAAACCGGUCGGAGGCCUCGGAGGAGAGCCACAUGUCUGCAACUCAUCACAAUGGCGCGUUCUAUGAUGACAAUCCCUAUUACAAUGACAUGCAACCGCAGUAUGGGGCGUAUGGCGAUGGUCCUUAUAGCGGCAACCAACCUGUGAUCCGAGACGUCCAGGCACGGCGCAAUACACGCAUUGAAAACCCGGCUGUAUUCCCCCGGCAAGGAAACGCUGGUAUUGCCCAGAACUUUUAA